UCGGUCCACCCUCCUCGCAUCCUUUUCGCUCUAGUAUGGCUGGUAUGGCGGGCUAGAAGGACCAUUACCAUAGCUCUAGUGUCUUCCUUAGAUGUCUCUGAGUGUAAUACAUGGAGGCCUAGCUCGAACUCGUACUUCUGCUUGUUGCCACCGUGCUCUAGCAUUAGCGUUUAUUGCUGUUUACGCUAGUAACCCUGUGCGGUAUAAUGGCGACGUCCACGGCAGCUGCUGCUCAUGAUAGCUUUACAUUAUAUGCCACACCAGAAAAAUAUGUCAUUGAGCCAGCAAAUGGGCCACCCAGCGAAACAUUGGUAAUAGACAGAGUAUCCAAGGAAAUCGGCCUUCUGACAAAACCAGACAUUCCUCCAAACACUGUGAGCCGAGUCAUUUAUGGAGUAGUCGGAGUCAUCCACCUUUUAUCAGGCCCCUAUUUGAUUGUGAUCACAGAACGACGAGAAGUCGGACAGCUUAAUGGACAGACAAUAUGGCGCAUAAAAGCAACAGAAGCAUAUUCCUACACAAGGAACUCACUUCAUCUUACGGAUGAACAGAACCAAUAUAACAAGCAGUAUAUUGCAAUGGUCCAACUAGUCCUCAGCACUCCAAACUUCUACUACUCAACCACAUACGACAUCAGUCACACACUCCAGAGGCUUCAGAACACAACCCCAGAUUUUCUUCAAAUGGGCCUCAUGGAAAGGGCAGAUCAGCGGUUUGUGUGGAACCACCACCUUGUUAGUGACUUCAUCAAUCAGCCAGAGCUUCGGAAGUUUUGCGUGCCAAUCAUACAUGGAUUUGUCUACAUCACACCGUGCACCCUCAAAGGAAAUACAUUCACGUUUGCGUUGGUUUCUCGCCGGAGUUGCUAUCGAGCUGGCACACGGAUGUUUAUGCGUGGCGUCGAUGACGAAGGGCAUGCAGCCAACUUCGUCGAAACUGAGCAGAUAGUGGAGUACAAGGGAUCAUGUAGCUCAUUUGUGCAGACACGAGGUUCUAUUCCAUUGUUCUGGUCGCAAUUACCAGAUUUGAGGUACAAGCCUCCCCCGACCCUCACGGGUGGUCAUGACCACCUUGAAGGGUUUCGAAAGCAUAUUGAUACCCAGUUAUACAGCUAUGGCAAGGUGGUUUUGAUCAGUCUGAUUGACCAGAAGGGACCAGAAAAUGCUUUGGGUAAAGCUUUGCAGGAAGUUGUGACUGUGACAAGUAAUAACAAUGUCAAGUACGAGCCUUUCGAUUUUCAUCGUGAGUGUAGGAAGAUGCGUUGGGACCGACUGUCCAUACUAAUGGAUCGUAUAAUCCCAGUUCAAGAUAACUUGGGGUACUUCAUGAGGCUACAGGAUGGCUCUGUUCCAUGUUUGCAGGAUGGUGUCUUUCGGACAAACUGCAUUGAUUGUUUGGACAGGACAAAUGUUGUGCAAUUCUUGCUUGCUAAACGUAGUUUGCAGGAACAACUUCAGCGUUUAGGAGUCUUGCAUGCAAGAGAGAAUAUAGACAGCUUCCCAGGAUUUGAGUCAAUGUACAAAAAUGUGUGGGCUGACAACGGAGACAUGUGUAGUGUACAGUAUGCCGGCACAGGUGCACUGAAAACUGAUUUUACAAGAACAGGCAAGCGUACUUUCAUGGGCGUUCUGAAAGAUGGUUACAACUCUGCUGUGCGUUAUGUGAAAAACAACUUCCAGGAUGGCUUUCGACAGGAUGCUAUCGACCUGUUUCUUGGCAACUAUAGGGUCCAAGACAGUGAAGGAGUGUCUGUACCAUGUCCUCUGGCAGUACAUAGAGAUAUAAAAUUCUUCGCGCUACCAAUCUUCCUUUCACUGGCCUUUGCAUUCUGCUCCAUGAGUGUCCUUAUUCCAUCGGCAUACACCAUGGAAAACUUCAUGUAUUUCCUGUUUUGGCUCUUCAUGAUUGCGUUGACACUGGUUGCCAUCCUUCACUAUGGAACAGAAUUUGUUGACUACCCCAAGCUUCGAGACUUGCGACAGAACCGUAAAUCAGAUUAAGCACUGAAGCAUUCUUAAAGAGACAUUCUUGUUUUAGAAAUCAAAGUUUUUGUGCACUUGGGUGUUCGCAUGAUUUGUUAACCAUUGUUGCUACUUUCCUCAGGUGUUCCGGUACUGUGUAUUUACGUUCCAUUAUUGCCUUAAUUAUCUUCUAUAAUUAUUUUUACUGUACAAAAUUGAAAUAAGAUUUUGUUAUUUUUUUACAUGGUCAGAUUUUGUGCUGUCAAGAUUUGCCAGCAAUGCUGUAGGGCUGUAGAAGAAAGGUAAUUGUAAAUUAAUAAAAGCAUUUUCAUAUGCUAA